GUCAAGAUGGCGUUGCCCAGCUGUUCCUGGCUCUUGGCUAUCGUUCUCCUACCUGGGUUCUGCGGUGCUCGUGUAUUUGGCCAUCGCGACCCGCCGGCCCCUCUGCCGUUGGUGUUAUGGCAUGGGAUGGGAGAUAGCUGUUGUAACCCCUUAAGCAUGGGUGCUAUUAAAAAGAUGGUUGAGAGUAAAAUACCUGGAAUCUACAUCUUAUCCUUAGAGAUUGGGAAGACUCUGAUGGAGGAUGUGGAGAACAGCUUCUUCAUGAAUGUCAAUUCCCAAGUAUCAGUAGUGUGCCAGAUUCUUGCAAAGGAUCCAGAAUUUCAGCAAGGCUACAAUGCUAUGGGAUUCUCCCAGGGUGGUCAGUUUCUGAGGGCAGUGGCUCAGAGAUGCCCAUCACCUCCCAUGGUCAAUCUGAUCUCAGUUGGGGGACAACAUCAAGGUGUUUUUGGGUUGCCCCGAUGCCCAGGAAAGAGUUCUCAUAUCUGUGACCUGAUCAGGAAAACACUGAAUACUGGGGCUUACAACAAAGCUAUUCAAGAACGCCUGGUGCAAGCAGAGUACUGGCAUGACCCUAUAAAGGAGGAUACAUACCGCAACCAUAGUAUCUUCUUGGCAGAUAUUAACCAGGAGAGGGUUUUCAACCAAUCCUACAAGAAAAACCUGAUGGCCCUGAAGAAGUUUGUGAUGGUGAAAUUCCUCAACGAUUCUGUUGUGGACCCUGUGGAAUCUGAGUGGUUUGGAUUUUAUAAAAGUGGCCAAGCCAAGGAAACCAUCCCCUUACAGGAGACCCAGCUAUACAAAGAGGACCUCCUGGGGCUAAAGGAAAUGGACAAAGCAGGAAAGCUAGUGUUUCUGGCUGUACAAGGGGACCAUCUUCAAGUGUCUGCAGAAUGGUUUUAUGCCCACAUUAUACCCUUUCUUAAGUGAAACCCUGGUAGUUUGUACUAGGGCUCAGGGAGCACAUAGCACUUCCAGUGGGAGACAGUUCCCUUCAUGUCUAAGCCUGAGCUCAGAUCCAGCUUGCAACUAAUCCUUUUCUUUCCUCCCAUUCUAAUCAUCUAACAUGUUCUGCUUGGAAAGAUACAAAUCUAAUCCUUCACUUCAUCUAUCAGCAUAUAGUGUUGAAUGCAACUUUAAUUACAAUUAGCUAAUAACCAUGGAGAUUGUUUUACAGUCCUUCGAUGUGGUUCAUCUAUCUUAGGAAAUAAAAGAGUCUGCUGUAGGUCAGUGCCAGAAGUGUGCCCAGACCUAGGAGAGACUGAACAAAUUCAAGUAGUAAGGCCAGUAAUAAGGGGACAACUUUCUCAGCAAGAGAAAGCCAAGAGGCAGCCAGUAUCCAGGCCUGCAGUAUUUACAUAAAUUUUUAAAUUUUGCUGGUAGAUUUAAAUAGCUCUUGGAGAAGAAUUGCUUGAAUGUUUCUGUGUAAUUCCUUAAGCCUCCCCAGGGUCCUGGAACUUGCCUUGAUAGCACUGUCUCUUCACACAGUGAUGAAUUAGUUCAGCCACAGGAGGGAAGUAGCACUCACUCAACUGGGUUGCUUAAAGGGGAAGUGUAUGUCUUACUUAACUUUGGGGUGAAGAAAAGUAUACAAGUAGAGAUGAAAAAUGAGGCUGCUGGUUCUUUCUCCUCCAUGCUGUUAACCUGUCUUUGCUUGGUAGGACUAGGGGAUUCAAGAGUCACUUUAUUGCUAAAGAUAGUGGUGUAUGGGAGGGAAACUGCGAAGAGAAGAGGCUAACUUAUACACACCUCCAGUUUUAUUAACUAGUACAUUCCAAGCAAUUAGUUUUAUGGUGUGUGUGUGUGUGUAACAGAAUUUUAAAGGACCUUUGAGAAUUUGUACCAUAUAGAAAACUACCCUGGGGAGGGUCGACAGCAUAAUGGUUAUGCAAAGACUUUCAUGUCUGAGACUCUGAAGUGUCAGGUUCAAUCCCCCACACAAGUUAAGGCUGAUAAAUGCUCUGGUAAUAACACACACACAACCAUUUUCCACACUGUGCUGUGUGAGAACAUGGACAUUUCAGCCCUUAUUCCUCCAUCCUGUGAAAACCUAUUAACACUUUGGGAGAAUGUUUUGUAGAAUGCCAUUUUGGGGGGAAUGAUUAGCUAUGCUUUGACAGGAGCAUCCUGUUAGAAAGUUUCCUUCAUCUCUCAAACUUUUUUUCAACUGAAAAAAUGAAAAUUAUGGGGGAAGUCAAAACAAUGUAACUGUCUAAAAUAAAGAGUAGUUUCUUA